GGACACGUGGGCAAUCCGCGGGGGCGGAGGCGGCUUCUUAGGCAGCGGCAGGCGCCGGUAUCGGGCCUGCUUGGACUCAGCGGUCGCUCCAUCCGCCCACCCGCUCCCGAAGCGCCAGGCCAGGGGAAAAGGAGGCCGCCAUGCCGGGCGCGCUGCGAGAAGAGACGGCGCAGCUGAUGGCCGACUACUUGCAGCACCGGCUCGGGGGCGCGGCGCUGCCGCCCAGCCGCACGGCAGAGACCCUGCGGCGGGUGGCCGACGAGCUGGAGAGCCGCGAGAGGCCCUUUUUCCGCGACGCCUGCGCGGCGGCGGCCUUACCGGAACCCGGCGAGGCGGCUGCCCUGUUGGGCCGGGUGGCGGCGCAGAUGGAAGCGGAGGGCGGCCUCAACUGGGGCCGGGUGGUGGCGCUGGUCGUGUUCGCCGGCAACCUGGCCGCCGCGCUGGCGGAGCGCGGAGCUCGCGAGGAGACGGGCGCGCUGACGGAGGCGCUGGCCGCCUACUUGGCCGGGGAGAAGCGGGAGUGGCUGGAGGCGCACGGCGGCUGGGAUGGUUUCUACCACUUCUUCAAUAAACAUGGCUCUGAUGCAGCUGACCAGAACAGUACCAUAAGCAAUGCUAUAAUGGCGGCAGCUGGCUUUGGUCUGGCCGGGUUGGCCUUUCUCUUGGCGGUGCGAUAAGAGACUACAUCAGUGGACUUGACGUACAGGAAGGAAAGUUUGGGGGGUGGGGAAGGAACUCUCUUCUAAGAAACUGCCAACAUGCCGAUGAAGAAUCCAUUCUAUAUUUCUAUGAUGGUUGGAAGACAGAAGCAUAUAUAUUUUUAAAAACUAGCGUUGGAGCAGAACAUUGACAAGCACAUAACAUUCUAGCAGUACAAAUGCGAAACAAAAGCCACUUAAAUAUGAGUUCUGAGAUGGGAUGUCUUCUGAAUCUUGGCGUAUGUGAGAGCUGUCGUUGUCGCAGUUCCUUCUGGUAAUUGCUGAGUGCUGCGCGUUAUGCUCAGUGUUAAUGGGGAGCUUGCAAUGAAACCCAAGUGACGAUGUGGUUGGAUUUCUUCUUUCGUGUGUGCGCGUGUGUGUGUAUGUUGUGGGGGGCAGUGGGAGGGCAGGGAGGGAGAUGUUGCCUUGUGAAAUGUGAGCCAGUAUUAACGAGAAUGAAGAGCUUAAUUCCACCUGUGGUGUGGUGCAAACUUCUUGAGGCCACUCAUCAAUAUAUAGCUGCAAGAUCCAUAUUGCACAGAGCAUUAUAGCUUAUAUGUUUUGUUACAAUGACGUUAGUCUAAGUUACACUACAAAUAGGUGACAAGAAUGUUGAUACCAAAACAGUAAAGGCUGCAGAACCAGUUCUAACUAUUGAAAAACGUGUGUUUUCUCUUUAAAUUGGUCUAUUUGGAAGUCCAUUGAAGGCUGGGAUUUCUGUGGAUUUCCUGUCAAAUCCAUAAACUCCAUAUAACUUAAUAUAUUUUUGAAGUAUUUAUCAUUGUAUAAUACUGGUAGCUGGUUAACAUCUAUUUUUGUUAAAUGCCGUGUUGUUUUUUUAAAGAAACAGAAUAGGCUCUCCAAGUUGAUUUUUUGGCUGUCCUUGUCUUCUUCCUCGUUUAACAGUUCUAGUUUUGGUAUCUGUUACUCUGCAUAUUGUAAAGAAAUAGUCUUCAGAAGUGUUUCAAUGUCAUUUUCCUUUAGCUUGUACAGUUUUAAUAUGUGAAUAAAUAUAACUGAAUAUUUUUAUUUUAAA